GGGUGAACAGGACACACAGACAGUCCAACUGUCUCUUUCUUUGUCAAUGGUAAGAGAUGUUAAAAUAGUAUUACAAUAUGAUCAAAUAAGGAUAUUUGAUUUAUUGGUGCUGUAUCUGGUGUGUUGUUGACUGUGUGGUUGACUGAUUCAUAUUGUCGUAUUUUCUCUAGGCUCUCCAUAGCCUGGAAUACAGGCUAAAUAUUGCUACUGUUCACUACUGUUCCUGCUCCAAUUGAGAAGGACUUGGAAUCAGCAAAAGAAUUGCAGGUCCAAUUAGCAUUACUUCAGAAACUAGCACAAAACCCCAAAUGCUGAACUAACUGUUUCAGUGAAGGUAUGCAUGGACGGAAUCAUUGAGGUGAAACAAUAGUGUAACGGAGCACAUUUCAGUUGGUAAUUCAGUCUCGGCUCUCCGCCCCACAGAUGGAGAACCACACAUUCAGCAUGGACCUUCUCAAGCUAGAGGGGGUUAAAGUCAUCUAUCAGUCCACCUUCCCUGCCUUCAUCCUCCUCCUUAUCAUCUACAUCUUCACAAUGGUGGCCAACAUCGGCCUCACAGUGCUCAUCUGCAUGGAGAGAAGCCUGCACCAGCCCAUGUACAUCCUCCUUUGCAACAUGUCUUUCAACGAUGCUCUCAGUAUCACCACCAUCAUACCCCGAGUGCUGUUUGACAUUUUAACACCUAGAUCAGACAGAUAUAUUACCUACAAUGAGUGUUUCACCCAAGCAUUCUUGGGUCACUGGUUUGGUUCAAACUUUCAUACGAUACUGAUGAUCAUGGCUUUUGACAGGUAUGUGGCAAUCUGCAACCCUCUGCGAUACGCCACCAUCAUGAACAGCAAAAUGCUGGUGAAGCUGUGUGUGUUUGCCUGGGUGGUGUCCCUUGUCUUUGUGGCUGUCCUCCUGGGCCUCACCCUCCGCUUGUCACGCUGCAGGUCAGAAAUCAUCAACCCUUGGUGUGACAAUGCCUCAUUAUUCAAGCUCUCCUGUGAGAGUGUGCUUAUAAAUAACAUUUAUGGACUAUUUUUCACCGCUACCUUCUUCAUCGCCUCCAUGGGGAGUGUGGCUCUGACAUACAUUAGAAUCACCAUGGUGUGUGUGAGGAGUAAGAGCAAGUCGCUAAACAGCAAAGCCCUGCACACCUGUUUCACACACCUGGCUGUAUACCUCAUUAUGCUGAUGACAGGUUUCAUCAUUGUCUUUUUUCAUCGGUACCCAGAGUGGUCAGACCACAGGAAACUUGCAUCAAUUAUGUUUUAUGUGGUUCCUCCUGCACUGAACCCCAUUAUCUAUGGGCUGCAGUCCAAAGACAUUCGCAAACUAGUUGUAAAUAUCUCCCAUUGCAAGAAAGUGUCUCCAUGAG